AUGCCACUGGCAUUCACUCUGGGUCUUAUUCCAUCCAUUGCGCCCUCAGUACCUAGGACAUUUCCAGGGUGCAAAGGUCACAUGGGCACCCAUAACUUAGGCCCAUAUAUCAGUGUGAUUAGUACUGAUAAAAAUAAGUACAAUUAUUUCACUCAAUUUACAGCUGAAGGCAGAACGAUAGGCCAAGCCAGAUCGACACAUGCACAGGGCGGACCCUUAAAUUUUCAAAGCGACGUGAUGGCUGAGGCAGCUGAGUUCUCACAAGAUUCCGUUUUCUUCUUUGGACCAGUCUUGGUCCAAACUGGUUACAACCAGUUGAAGACCGGUUUUUCAACAAAAUAUGCAAUAGAUUUUGCAAUUCUUCUAAACGAGUGCAAGAACGUCCAGUCUUUUGCAGUCUUGGUCUGGUCCAAUUGCGGUCUUUUUGCAGUCUUGGGACUGGACUUCCAAGCACUACUUCCAAAGCCCUUCUACCCUGACUUCCAUCUCUUUCCUCUCACCUCCAUCUCUCUCGACCCCCUCUUUGCUGUGGCCAACCCUUCUAGGCAACACACUCAACACCAGGCCACACACUCGACACUACACAACACACUCAGCACUACACCACCACACUUGACACUAUGCAACGCGCUUGACGCUGCGCGUUGCUCGACAUGCUCGACAUUACGUGAUGUGAUCAACACUGCGCCACGCGGAUCUUGGCUUGCAUCAUGUUCUUGCCUCCAAGCGCUCGAACAUAAUUCACCAUUCAAGUUCAUCGUGACGUUGCCUGAAGUUCAACACCAUUGUGCCGACUCUGCCAUGCCUCACCCAACACCUGAUGUGACAUUUGGGACUCCCAUGCUCUCCUCUCGAAGACCUCGUCAAUCUUGGGAAAUGGAAGGCCAGGUUUAG